CAACUGCUCGCUUACAGAGAGAAUGAUUGCCUCUGUUUGUAUCUGCAGUUCUGUUCCUGCACUGUUAAAAUACAUUGUUAUAUAGUAUUAUUUGUUCUUUCUUUGUUUUAAAUAGGUUAAUAGUAUUUUGUGAAUAGCAGAACUUUUGAGGAAACCAGAUUGUUUCUGUUUGCGUUUGUCAGGAUGAGAUCAGCCAGAGUUUCUUUUCUGUUGGUGCUUCUUCUUGUCACUCUUUCUGAAACGUGGAAUCCAAGUGAUUAUGAGAAGCCAUCAGCCCUAGAGCAGACCCAACAGAAACCAGUGGUACCAAAAUUGCCAAAGGCCCCAACUAAACCCCCCACUGAUGUGGUCACCAGCCCAGCCCCUACAACCCUUACGGUCCCUACAACCCCUACAGUCCCUACGACCCCUGCAGUCCCUACAACCCCUGUAGCACCUGAGGAAGAUGAAUUUCUGGGUCCAGAUAAGUGUCUGAAAAAGAAGUUAACUCGUGCAUCGUGUGACCUGGUGUUUUGUCCUCCAUGGGAACGUUGUAUAAAAGGACACUGCUCCUGCAAACCACCUUAUCUGUGCCCCUCUGAGAAUAUCAAUCCAGUCUGUGGAAGAGACGCUAGGACCUACCGCUCAUACUGUCAGGUGAUGGCUGUCUCAUGUAGGACCCUGAAACCCAUCAUGUCCCAUUUUGGGGAAGAAUGUGGUGAUCGUUUCAGAAGUUCAAUAGACACAAACACAGGAGUGGUCAAGGUUUUCCUUCCUGAUGCGAAGGGUGGAACCGGGCAUGAGGUAUUUGUGUGUCAGAAGCUGUGGGACAUGGCAGCUGCUAAUGUGGUCUGCAAGGAGCACGGGAACCCAUUUGGUGCAAUGUCUGUGGAUUACGUGCCAUACUCCUCCCUGGAGGAGGAUCAGCCCUUCCCAGACAGCUGUGUUGCCAUCCACUGCCAAGGUUUUGAGACUUCCCUGGCUGAGUGUGUGAUCCACAACAGAGUCAACAUUAGGGACAGCUCUUGGAAACGCGUGAGCGUUGCUAAUGUAACGUGUUAUGACGAAUCACAAGCAUCAAAAGCAGAGGCAUGUGGCUUCACGUGUGCCAAUGGCAAGUGUGUGCUUAGGGACCAGACGUGUGAUGGAGUCGAUGACUGUGGUGACCGCAGUGAUGAGAUGUGCUGCAAAAAAUGUAGGGACAAGGCUCUCCGCUGCAAAACAGGAGUGUGUGUACAUGAAGAAGCAAUCGAUGAUGGACAGAUGGACUGUCUGGAUGGCGAGGAUGAAUCAGAGAAACACAGAACUAGAGGCAAGAGAUACAAACACACUGUCACUCAUGGACACUUAACCAAUUCAGAUUACACCUCUCCCAAACAAGAAAUAAAAGCCAGCAGAAUUCACCUGGAGUCCCAGUUGUACUGUGGGAGGCCCAACGAGACCACUGUUGACGACGAGAUAGUGGAGGAGCGAGGAAGGUCUUCCCGAGUCAAGAGAGUGGUGGGAGGGGUCCCAGCCAAACCGACUCAGAUCCAGUGGCAGAUUGCUCUGGAGGAAAACAAAAAAAUUGACUGUGGAGGAGCUUAUAUCGGAGGAUGCUGGGUCAUCACCGCCGCUCACUGUGUCAGGCCCAACCCCUCCGCAUUCAAGGUGAAGUUUUCUCUGUGGAGGAAGGCCAGAGCUCAAGGCACCACUGACAUUGUUCCUGUUGCAGACAUUCACAUCCACCCAAAGUACAACGCCUCCACCUAUCAGAACGACAUCGCUCUGCUGGAGCUGGAGAAGCUUCCCUUCCAGAAAACGUGUUUGGUGGACAAUCCGGCCGUCAGCGCUGUCUGCGUCCCCUGGACCACGCAACUCUUUCAACCCAACCACACCUGCAGCAUCUCUGGAUGGGGCCGAACUAGAGAGGGAAAAGGAGCUCAGGUGUUGCUCUGGGCCAACGUGUCCCUCAUCGAUGACUGUCAGAGGUACUACGGACAUCGCUUCAAACCGGGCAUGAUGUGUGCAGGUGAUCUCGCCGGCAGUGUGGACUCCUGUCAGGGGGACAGUGGAGGUCCUCUGGUGUGUGAGGAUGAUCUUGGUGUUUCAUACCUGUGGGGAAUCGUCAGCUGGGGAGAAAGGUGUGGACAGCCUGGAUUCCCUGGAGUUUAUACACAGGUUGCUCAUUACUUUGAGUGGAUCAGACUUCAUACUGGUUGGCCUGCAGUCACCAGGUUCAACAGCUGAUGAGUUGAACGCUGCUGUUUAUCGAUUAAAGUCGGGUUUCUUCAACAUUUCACCUUUACAACAGCUGUGUGAUGAUGGACACUUUGUGUACUGUGAAUAAAACGUUUAAAUGUUAA